AUGAAAUAAAAGUAAUUAACAACAAAAAAGUCAGACAUUGAUCUAGGUAAUAAAGAUCAGUUAAAUUUUAUAAUUGAAAUUCUCUAAAAAGAUCAGAGCCUAAAGACCAAUCAAGAGGUCGACAUUGUAAGGAAGGCUUUUAUCUCUUUCAAGUUUUUUCAAGACUUAGAAUAGUAGAUGGGUCAAGAGAUGGUAAGUAACUUAUAUCGAUAAUUAUCCUACGAGACCAUUAAGGCAAGAUAAGUAGUGUUCAAUCUCGGGGAUAUUGGAAAGAAGUUCUAUAUCAUACUCUCUGGCAGCGUUUGGGUUCUCAUAUAGAAAAAGGGACUCUAAGAUGAUAAUCAGAUAGGUGAGGAGGAGAAAAAGCAGGAGGAAGAACUAAGAAAAUAGAAUACAAGGAAGGCUACUUUGAAGCAUCAACAAAGUAUGUUGAAAUCUAAGAGAUUCAAAAAGCAGGAAACUUUCGUAACUGAAACGAAUCAAGUGCAUUUAGACGAAGUGUACGCUAAAAUGACGGAUGCAGAAUAUUUAGAUUGUCAAUUUCCCACGCUGUAAAAGGUAAGUUAAAUGAAAUCAGGGGAUAACUUUGGAGAGAUUGCAUUAACUAAAUAAGUUCCAAGAACAGCUACCAUAGUAGCAGCUGAAGAUACAAAUUUUGCAAUAGUAUCUAGGGAACAAUUCAAUAUUUUAUUAUCAUCAUAUUAUGAACAUUUACAAUAGCAAAAUGUGAUGUUUUUAUAGAGAGUCCCUGCUUUUACAGAAUGGAAUGAACAGAUGUUAAAUUAAAUUUAUUAUCAUUUUACUUUUGAAGAUUAUAAAAUGUUUGAUGUAAUUUAUAAAGAAAAUUAACCUUCAAAUAAAAUUUACAUUGUGUAGAAUGGAGAAAUAGAGAUUUCUUAAAGUAUAGAAGUUGGUACUUUGGUUACUGAAAAUAAUUUAACAAUUUAAAAGUUUUUCAAGAAAAAUGAUAAAAAAUACGAAAGAGUGAGGACUGGGAUAAUCACAUCUGGAUUGAUUUUUGGUCAUGAAGAGGUUAUUAGGGAUGUGGUAAGAGAACAUAAGGCUGUUUGUUUGAGUUAAAAAGCAUAAGUAUUUUCAUUGGAUAAGGAUAGAUUUUUGUAAUUCUUCAAAAAAGGAGGAGCCAUCUAAAAAUUAAUUAAACUUGAUCAAACUAAUUAUUCUCGUAAGUCUAAGAGUGUUUCAGUCUUAAAAGAGAUUAAAUAAUUUUCUCCGGCUAUUACAUUUAGAGAAAUUCCAUUUUUUGAGGAAGAUGACAAAAUUUCUGAUUUUGUUAUAAAAAAAGCUAAAAAUGCUGUAGAUCGCGUUGGGAAUGAACCUAAACGUAAUGGAUAUGAGUUUUUGUAAGGCAAAGGUCACAUAAAUAAAGCACAUUACAAUUUUCAAAAGAAUCUAGACAAAUUGAAAAGAAACUUGAAGCACAGUGUACCUUUAAAUAUCAACACAUGUUUAUUUGAAUUGGAUUCAAAUAAAGGGACAGCAAUAAGUAUAAUGAAUAAGGUAUUUCCAAGUUCUAGUCGUCCCAAGUACGAGAUACCGAAAUUCUCAAUGACAUCAAGAAUAGUGAUUAAAUCAUUAAAGUUGCCAAAAUUAUUGAAUGAAGUUGAGGUAUUGUUGUUUUCGAAUAAAGAAUCAAUGAUCUCAAAUUCAACCACAAUGUAUAAAUAGUAAGCAGCAGUAAAAGAUGAUGAGUGA